AUGUCUGCUGAUUGUAUGUUGACUCUUACUCCGGUGGCAGUCACGUGGUCGUUCUUGCAUCAGAUCGUAACAGCAGCAGCAGCAGUAGUAGUAGUAGUAGUAGUAGUAGUAGUAGUAGUAGUAGUAGUAGUAGUAGUAGUAUCUCAGCUGGGACAAAGCCCCGCUGAAAGCCGUAAGCCGCGGUGUAGGUCAGCACUGGAUCUCACCACCCGCCGGGGGAAGAUCACACUCACCUCCCGAGACAAAACAUCCCUACAUUUGAGAGCUCAGUAUUUACUUGGCUGUCCGGGUGACGCCGCGUCCAUGGAGAAGGUGCCGACGUUUCGGUCGCCAUUCUGCGACCUUCCUCAGGGCGUAAUGCUCUGGCGUCACCCGGACACCCCGAAGCCUAACGUGUGUGUGUGUGUGUGGCGACUUAACGUGGAUGUGUGUUUGAUGAGCGCCAUAGCCUACCGUGGAUGUGUGUGUGGCGAGCGCCCUAACCUAACGUGUAUGUAUGCGUGUGUACCUAACGUGUAUGUGUGUGUGUUGGCGAGCGCCCCUAACGUGCAGGUGUGUGUGUCGCCCCAACCUAACCUGAGGUCAGACGACCCGGACAGCCUGUCGGAGGUGCUGCAGGCGGCGGCGACGUGCCGCAACGACAGCGUGUACGGCGGCCGCAGCCAGUCCAUCCUGGACAGCAUGCUGUGCGCGGGGCUCAUGGACGGCGGCGUCGACGCCUGCGGGGGUGACUCGGGCGGCCCGCUCGCCUGCGAGGUCAACGUUGCUUGCACAAAACGUUACAGGAUGCGCGGCCGCGUGGACGCCCUCGCCAGCCUGAUAACUAACUGCACCGGCACGCGUAUCUGGGUGAUCUGGGCUGUCCGGUUGCCGACGUUUCGACCAUCCUGUCGUGGUCUUCCUCAGGGCUGGUAUGGCACGUCACCCGGACAGCCCAGAUCACCCACAUGA